UAGUUUUUGAGAAUUGUGAAAUCCAGCUUCUUUAUUGACUUUAUCCUGUAAGUGUUAAUGAGAGAACAAAGGGCUUUUAAUGUGCGUAACGGUGUACGUACGCGACGAAGUUGUUAAUAACAUUUUCACCACUCAGGCUCACUGAUGUAAAGGUCCUCAUCUGAAACCAACACAUGGUCUGCGUGUAUGUUGCUGUUACUGAGGUCAGUCCAGAAUUAAAAUGAGACCUGCUCAUGCAGCUUGUGCUCUGUUGAGCCUUGCACCCCUGUUGGUGCUUGGUGUUCCUCCCAUUUGGACCCAGCCUGAGCAGGUGCACCUCUCUUAUCCAGGAGAACCAGGGUCUAUGGUGGUGACAUGGACAACUUUUAAUAAGACUGAGAGUAAUGUGGAGUACAGCCUUCUGGGGGGUCGUCUCUUUGAGAUGACAGCCAAAGGUGAUGCUACUCUUUUUGUGGACUCUGGAGAAGAGAAGAGGAAGAUGUUCAUCCACAGAGUCACUCUCAGAGACCUCAAACCUGCUGCUUCUUACGUCUAUCACUGUGGGAGCGAUGAGGGCUGGAGCGACAUUUUCUUCUUCACUGCUCUGAAUGACAGCACUAGUUUCAGUCCAAGGUUUGCUCUGUAUGGUGACCUGGGCAAUGAGAACCCUCAGUCUCUGGCUCGGCUGCAAAAGGAGACACAGCAGGGCAUGUACGAUGCUAUCCUACACAUAGGGGACUUUGCCUACGACAUGCAUGAGGACAAUGCCAGGAUCGGAGAUGAGUUCAUGAGGCAGGUCCAGUCCAUAGCUGCCUACGUGCCCUACAUGACCUGUCCAGGCAACCAUGAAGCCUCAUAUAACUUCUCUAACUACAGGAAUCGCUUCAGCAUGCCCGGCAACACUGAGAGCUUGUGGUACAGCUGGAACCUGGGGUCAGCGCACAUCAUCUCCCUCUCCACUGAGGUUUAUUUCUAUCUCGAGUUCGGCCUGGAGCUCCUCUUCAAGCAGUACGAGUGGCUGAGGAAAGACCUGGAGGAGGCCAACAAGCCAGAAAACCGAGCAGUGCGUCCAUGGAUCAUCACUAUGGGACACAGGCCCAUGUACUGCUCUGAUGAUGACCAGGACGACUGUACCACAUUUGACUCCUACGUCCGACGGGGACGGAAUGACACCAAACCACCAGCUCCUGGUCUGGAGGAUCUAUUUUACCUCUAUGGAGUGGAUUUGGAGCUAUGGGCACAUGAACACACUUAUGAGAGACUGUGGCCUGUCUACGGCGACAAGGUGUUCAAUGGGAGCAAAGAGCAGCCUUAUGUGAACCCAAAAGCUCCAGUUCACAUUAUCACGGGCUCUGCUGGCUGCAGAGAGAGGACCGACAGGUUCAACCCAAACCCUAAAGAGUGGAGCGCUUUCCGCAGCUCAGACUAUGGCUACACUCGCAUGCAAGUGGUCAACACUACCCACCUGUACCUGGAGCAGGUCUCUGAUGACCAGUACGGCAAAGUGAUUGACAACAUAUGGGUUGUGAAAGAAAAGCACGGCUACGCUUCCUGGUUCUGAGGAACAUCUUACCAAAACAAUCUGCCCAGGGAAUGCACUUUGAACUUUAGACAAGCACGUGUUUUGCAAGUUGCACUGACAAAUAAAUAAACCAAUUUAUUCAUUCCUACAUAAAUCAUCUUUCAAAUCAAGAAGAAUUAAAUCUGCUCGUUUUAUUUGCUGUAUUUUCCUCUCUGCUUUAAAUAAUAAGAAUGCCACUGUGUGAUUAUUAAGAACUGUGAAUGUAUCAUGCAACUGGAAUUAGCUGUCAGGCUCUCUCCUACUGUUUUGUAAACAGAAAAUACAAAAACUUUUAAGAGAUUCAAUAAAUUCUUCUUUUUUAUGAA